AUCUAAAGUUUACCGCUAAAAUAGAAACUUUACUCUGUAACGAUGGGAAAGUAAAGAAAGAUGAGUUCGGAGUAUGGCAUAAACUCUCCAUCGCCAGCCCCAACACCCUCUCUCCUGUCUCGUUGAACUCUCUCUCUCUCUCGCCCAUGGCUUCCGCUUCCAAGCACCAAAACCCGUCAUCUUCCAAACCUCCGAAAACCCCAGUCAACCUCAAUCCCAUCACCCACACUGACCCCCAAGACCCUAACCCCUCUGCCAAUACGGCCGCCGUCACCCGAUUCUUCACAAGCUCCGAAGACCUCGCCCUCUCGCGCGCCUCACACCUCACCCGCCAGCAGCUCCUCCGCCGUCGCUCACGCCACCUCAAGCAGCUAUCCAAAUGCUACAGGGGCCACUACUGGGCCCUCAUGGAGGAGCUCAAGAUCCAGUUCAGAGAGUACUACUGGGAGUACGGUGUCAGCCCUUUCAAGCAAGAACAACAACAGCAUGUCUCCGACAGAGAAAUCGAAGCUGGUCAUCUCGAAGGCAGUGGUGAGAACAACAACAACAACAGCAGCAAUAUGAGUUUGGACUUGAAAUGCAACCAGCGGUGCGUGUUCGUGGGGUGUAAGCUUAAGGCUAUGCCAUUGACGAGCUUCUGCCAUCUCCACAUCCUUUCUGAUUCCAAGCAGAAGCUCUACAAGGCUUGCAGUUAUGUUAUCAAGAGUGCUCAGGCUGGACCUAUAACAUGUGGGAAGCCCAUAUUGAGAUCCACCAUUCCUUCUCUUUGUAGUGUCCAUUUCCAAAAGGCCCAGAAGCAUGUCACAAGGGCUUUGAAGAAGGCGGGUCUGAAUGUUUCCUCAUCGAGUAAGCUUGCUCCCAAGUUCCAUGUUCUAGUGGCAGAAUAUGUACGCCAAAUUCAAGCCAAACGGAGAGCUUCAAGAAGGGCAAAUAGAAUUGAAGUUUUGGUGAAGGAAGAAAUUGCAAGCUGAGCCUCAUGUCUCUUGGUGCAGGCUAUAUUGGUGAUUUCUUAAAUGAUUCGAAAAGCUGAGAUGGGGGGCUUGCCGAAUCUGCAUCAGUAAAACCUUCUACCAUUUUCUCUAUGUGAGAAGUUCUAGGAGCCUCCAAAAACUAACUAAUGGCACCAAGUACAUAUGAAAUAUCAGGUGUCCAAAAAUGCUGGCUUUGACAGGAACGAACUGGAGUAGGCAUAUGCGUUUUGUUUCCAAAUAAAUGUCGAAAGCUGCACUUGCAUAUAUAGGUCUUUUCCCAAAAGUUGCUGCCUACUUUGCUGGUCAAGUCUGUUGGAAGUGGUGCAUUAAAACCUGUGCUUGAACUCCAUUUUUCCUAUUAGAAAUUUAGCUUUUAGCUUCAACGUUGACAUCUAUUAUGUCGAACUAUUGUGUGUAAUGUUGUAUAGCCAUUUUAAUUCGUGAAA